AAGGGGAGGGGCCGGGGACUGGGCUCAUUCCUUUCUUCUCCUCCUCUUCUUCUCCCAUGUCGUUUUGGUCGGAACCAAACUAAGGGCUCUUCGCCGUCUCUCCAGCUUCACCUUCGGUUGCCUUGGCUCCUCUCCCCUCCCUCCAACAAUUGGCACCUUUCCCCGUCACCCUACGUCUCUCGUCUGUCGCGGGCAUUGCCUUCUUGUCAAUCCUGCCUCAUUGCCUUACUCCAUCCCCGCCUCUCCUCGUUCCACCUACCGUUCGUCCGAAUUUUUAGCCGUGCUCGUGGUUUCUUUUGGUCCACCUCUGGGAGAGCAUACCACGGAUCGCAUCUCGGUGCUUUUAAGCUUUCAGCUUACAUUGAAGGUGAUGGGAUUUUCCUAGGGAGACGUGCCCGUGGACGAGCAAUUAUCUUGAUUGCGAGAGUUCCAUUUUCUAUGAGUCAACAGUUGGAGUUCAGCAGGCGCGGGAGAAGGGCGUGGUGGUUAACAUUGUCUGUUGCCGCGUGGACUUAGUCUUUGCAGGAUUGCACAAAAGAGGUUGUUGUACGUCGCUGGAUGCAAAGCUGUCUAGAGCAACUCGGCUGUAGCGUGUAGUUGAAGUCAAGUGGCCUGAAAUACCGUCCAGGAGCAGCGCUGGGUCUCCUUUGCUGGGCUAUAUAAGCUACUUAUCUCCUUUCUGCUUUUUAAUCAGGUUUUAGCACUUUGAGCUUCAAUUUUGAAGCGCUCAGCGGUGUGGUGGUUGUUUCAUUGCCCCCGAGGGCAUGACGUUUUGGUCUCUGCACUCCAUGAUCGCAGUCUGGCCUUGAUCAGUCACCGGGUGUAUUUUUACAAGCCCGUUUUCCGGAGUCUUAUGUUCACAUUCGUUUUCAGUUCUCUGAAACUGGACUUACACUUAUCUCAGUAGCUGCCCAGGAGGUUGCUACAAUGAGUGCCGUUAAUGUGACGAACGUGACCGUGCUGGACAAUCCGUCUAUGUUCCAGAACCCCUUUCAAUUCGAGAUUUCUUACGAAUGUCUGGUUCCACUUAAAGACGAUCUCGAAUGGAAGCUGAUAUAUGUCGGGUCUGCCGAGGAUGAAAAGUAUGAUCAAGUUCUUGAGAGCGUUCUUGUUGGUCCGGUCAACGUUGGAAACUACAGAUUUGUUUUUCAGGCAGAUCCACCGGAGCCAUCCAAGAUCCCCGAGGAAGAUAUUAUUGGAGUCACCGUGCUAUUGUUGACAUGCUCUUAUGUGGGACAGGAGUUCCUCAGAGUUGGGUAUUAUGUUAGCAACGAGUACGUUGAUGAGCCUUUACGUGAAGAGCCACCCGCCAAAGUUCUUAUAGAUAGGGUGCAACGGAACAUCCUUGCCGACAAACCACGGGUCACCAAGUUCCCAAUCGUCUUCAAUGCCACACCCCCUUCUAACCAAGUGACAGAUAAUGCAUCUGCCAACAGCUAUCCCAUGGUUUACAACGCGCCACCUCCAAGCCAAGUGACCGAUGCGGAACUAGAUGACGGUGUCAGACCGAUGGAAAUCUCGUCAGCUUAUCCACAGCAGGACUAGGUCUGCGGUGAGUAAUAUUGUACAUCUGCAUAGUCUCACCUGUAAAACAUGAGGGUACACAAGUUUGGGUAAAUCAGGAUGAAGCCCUCAUCUGAACACUUUAGUUCUAGAAAUAGCUUCAGGAUCAGUACGCAUUAGAUUCAGAGCCUGGUGAGAUUUUUGUGGGGGAGGGCAGGGCUUUACUGUAGAUUCAUGUUGACUACCCCAGGUUACAUGUGAAAAGAUAGUUUCAAAACUUUGGAGGUACACUUGAAAGUUGAAUGCAGGGUCCGUAGCGUAGGCGAAGCUCUCUUUGAUCUUUGUUGUGGUCGAUUUGAUGGCAUGUGAAGAGUUUCUGAGUUGGCUUUGUGCAA